UUUUCUGUCCCUUCCAUAGGUUGGUGGUGGUGUACCGGAUUCAGCAUAGCAUUUAUGGUGAACAUUGCCUUUUCCAAGACCUAAAAGUUAAAUUGAUCAUAAUAUUAAUUGAUGACGCAAGGAAAUGCAUCCCAUUGCAUGCAUGUCGUUUCGCAUACUUUUUAUAUAUAUGGUUGUGUUAUAUAUAUAGAUAUGUAUCAGUGUUACAUGUAUAGCUUUUUGUGUCUUCUUCCUCUUCUUUUAUUUUUUAUUUUUUCUUAUUUCCAGUCUCUUGGCUAACUUGAAAUGGAGAGAGGUUUUCUGGGUUUGAAGUGGGAAGAGUCUUGUGUGACUGCUAGAAAGAAAUUUAAGCAUACAAUCAUUCAUUCUUCAGGUGGUGGAGUGCAAUGUUCAUCAAGUGCAAACAGAUUCUCUUCUCUUUCUCAUCACCAGAAAACAGACCAGCUUCAAAGGCAAACAACUGAGAAUUUCUACUCAUCUUCUCCAACAUAUUUUCCUGUUUCCUAUAAUUCUAUCGAUUAUACCAUCAAAACCACUCCUAAUUUAGCACAGAGUAACUACUACAACAGGGAAAUGAAAGAUCCUGCCCCAGACAACUCAGUAUUAUUGAGUAGAAAUAAACGUAUUCCAUUCCCCACUAGUGUUGCUACCUCCACUGAGAAUACAGGGAGUGGUAGUGGUAAAACUGCUCCAACUAACCCAUAUUUUGGAGGGAUGUCGAAUAUGGAAAGAUUACCAUCUAAUUUCUCUCAUCAAAUGGGUCAUGCUGUUGUCAAUCAGGGAACAAAUUCCAAUACUGCAACUGAUGUAAGGCUGAAGUGAUAAUGUCUAUGGCUAAAUUUGGUUCGAUGCCCUCAGUGGGAGAAAUGGCCAGAAGCGACAGCCAAGCAGAAGCAAAGCCUCUUAAAACUAAUUCAAAUUCCGUACAAUAUUCUACUUUUAUAACUUAUUUGGAAGCAAGUGAACAAAGGAAAUUGACUUUGCCUUAUAAUAUAUAGUUCACCAAUAUUGAAAACCUAUGUAAUAUCUAUUCAAAUAUGAUUACAUAUUGUGACAUUUUAAUGAGUGACUAGUUUGUGCCGCAGGCUGCAGCGCCUGUUCCUCAAGUUCUAAACCGUGUUGCACAAAGACCAACCAGCGACAAGCUUGGCUAGAAACAACCAGCGACAUAAUUCACCUAAUCAUAUUUAUCAAUUGUAAUAUGUAGAAUUUGAUCAGAAAUUUGAUAUGUUUUGUUUCGUUUUCUAUGUAGAA